CGUUCCAGGGAGGGUCAGACGUCCUGUCGCCGGUCCUUCCGUUUUCCAUCCCCUCUCUCAACGUUAUUUUUAAAUCGUCUUUUGUUGUCCUCAAGUGCCACUAUUACUCGCUACUGCCUGUGUCUUCUCAGAAACUUCAGCGUGUGCAGUAAAGUGCUCAGUCGUAGAGUAUGUGGCUCAAGAUGUAUCUGGUGGAAGAUGUGCUUACCAAUAUGUGAAGUGGAAGAGGAAUGGAAUCUGUUAUUGGUGCUAACGAUGGCGUCAUUUUAAUUAGCAAGAAAUGUGUUUUUUUCUUUAGUGAACUUAUGAACGUCUAUCUAUGAAUGUGUUGUGGGAACCGAGUUUUAAAUAAUAUUAUGGAUUAACUUAAUAAUUUCUGACUGAAUAACAUACUCGAGUUUUUGUCAUAGAAGAAACAAGCACAUCGAGAUACCCAAAAUAAUCGAAAAAAAUAACUAUUAAGAAACUUGUACAUGUAUCCAUUAACAAAUCUAUAAACAUAGACCUUUUGUGUCACAAACAUUAGUAAUCCACCCGCCAGCGUGUAGAAGCCUAAGACAUAUAUCUUAAUCCACCGGAUAAGAAGAGUGAAGUUGAGGCAUUAAGGAGGUGGCAUAUGGUGGGGCGCCACCUGCCAUGACCAGGACCUAACACAGGUGUGAGCGAGGAGACGAUGGUUGGUGUGGCUCCGUCACCACCUCACUCUGAGCACCGACGCAACCUCUACCUGGCCCACUGAGGCCACAGCUACCCUCUCAAACACAACACUAACGGUACCAUGAUGACGCUAGUGAUGGGAGGCGCAGUGGCGGAAAGAUUCAUUGGCUCGGUAAUUGAGGACAAGACCAAGGGGACAGGACCACAUCCUCCCGGGGUCCAGACCGGCAAUUCCAGCAACGUCCAUCCUGGUCGAUCCGAUGAUGGCUCUCGCUUGGACAGCUACGUCAUUAUUGUGGCUCUGGUCAGCACUAUCUUCCCUCUCAUCUGCCUCAUUCUCAGCCUCGUUAUCGCCAGGAGACUGUGGGUGAAAUACCGGGGCGAAGGUUAUGCCGGGAAGGUUGAGCGUGAGGACACAGCCCAGACCUCACUCAAGAGCCGAGAUGGAGGCUCCAGGAAGUCGUCACGAGCCUCAAGGGUCACAAAAGACCCCAACAGUCGUGACCAGCUCAUACCACAGGAUAGCGUGAUAACCUCUCCCUCGGAAGGGCCAGUGGAGGAGGAGGGCGAGGAUCAAGUGGAGCAAAUAGUCGUAGGAGAAGUGCAAGAUGAACCCAGUGAAGUGACAUCGAAAGUGUCAGUAUCCAUGAAGAACCAUAACCUGGUGGUGGAGGUGGAAGGUGCUCCUAAUAUCUCAGAGACUCCCUCUAUAGCUGAGAACGGAAAGACCCAUCAUUUGACCGAAGCACAGGUAGAGCCACGAAUCGCCACUAUAGGAGGAGACAUGCUGAAGACCUUGCACCUACCAGGGACUGGUGAAAUCGGCAUUAACUCCCUACUUCAGAAAGGAGUAAUAACAGUGUACCUUAAGCGUAGCAAGAGCGAGAGAGUCCGGCCCAGAAACACCCCGGAGGAGGGAGUGGCAGUGGUGGAAGGUGACUCCAUAGUUCACGUCUCCCCCCGUCCUCACCACCGUCGCCUAUCCAUGGGUCAUCACCCACGGGCUCCCCACCACCCAACACCCCAGCGACUCACCGUGGAGCCUGAAAACGGCAAUUUUGGUCUCUCUACCUCCGACCUCAGUCUCGACUCCAACAGUUCCUGCAACCCAAGCUACAAAUACGGUAACCAGCAGGUGUCGUAUGCAGGCGGGUACUACGGGUACCCGGUGAGCCAGGGGUACCCGGUGACUGAUCGAGGCAGCAGAAGGAUGCAUUUGGUCGUACCACGUGGAAGUGGUGGCGCCGAAGACGCACUUGGUAUCCAAAGGGAGAAGGUUGAUCGGAAAACCUCUCUUCCUAACUCUAUUGAAAACCAACAAAUGGAAACGAAAACCGUCAGCAGUUUGUCGCCUUCGAGGUCAAUGUCAGUGUCCCGUGGUGCCCUCAGCAAGCAGUACUCCCUUCCUGCCAGCGCUCGCAACACACGCUACAUGCCCCGUCACCGGCACUCCUUCCGCCACGACCGCCCGCAGUACCAGCACCACGACCACGCUUUCGACCACCCGCACGUCCGCACGCACUCCGCCUCCCUUCACGCUCCCCACGAGCACCGACCACACGUCACACGCGAGUUGCACUCCCCACGCCACGAGAGCCCUCACUUGCCGCGCGAGCUGCACUCACCGCGCCUCGAAAGUCCUCACCUGCCCAGGGAGUUGCAUUCACCACGCCUGGAGACCCCAACCGUUACUCCAGUCAUUGUGGACGAGACACAAGAUCAGCCGACGUAGG